AUGAGCGAUCGUGCGUCUGCGUCGCGAAACUUUCAUGUACACUCGGGUGUUUACUUGAUAACUGUCAGUGAGAAUCCAAGAUGGCGGAGAAGGUCAGCUGAUCGAAACACUGCGCGCGCAAGCUUCACAGCACGCGGCAGAUCAAGCGCAUCAUGGUUAGUAUUCAUUAAUAUCAAGCAAAAUUUAUAUACAAAUGUGACUGUAUUGUAUCAUAAUGAAUGGAACGUGGAUAAUAGAAAAGCAUAUAGAGCGAGUCACCACGACUCGCAAUACUAUGCCUCUCUAGCACAAGAGCGGCAGGUGUUUGGAGAAUGGGCGCAAGUGGAGGUGGUGGAGUUGGUGAACGAUGGUUCGGGGCUGGCGUUCGGCAUCGUCGGCGGUCGCUCCUCGGGCGUCGUCGUCAAGAGCGUGCUACCCGGAGGCGUCGCUGAUAGGGACGGGCGGCUCCGCAGCGGCGACAUGCUGUUGCGCAUCGGCGCGGUGUGCGUGGUGGGGAUGUGCGCGCGGCAGGCGGCCGCCGUGCUGCGCCAGUGCGGCGCGUGCGUGCGCCUGCUGGUGGCGCGUCCGGCGCCACACAACGCGCCCACCGUGCAAUCGCUUGGAGCAUCUCAAGCACCCGUGGUGCCGUCCAGAUUGCUGGCAGACCCUAUAGAGUUGGAGAGAAGAUUGGCUGAAGCAGGUCACGAUGGAUUCGGUGCAUUGUGUGAAGAUAACACGCCAUCAUCACCUCCACCGACUUUUAUAGAGGAGAGAUUACAUCACAGGCCGGUGGCGUCGAUAGUGGCGGUUGUGCCGCGGGGGGCGCUGGCCCCCACGCCGCGACCCCCGCCCCUUAUCAUAACACCACAGGAAAUCACCCCGCCACCUGUCAGGUUACCGCUGGAUAUGGCAGUGCGAGGUACAGGUGAGCCGGAGACACUCAGCUACCAGGUGGAGCUGAACAAGGACUCUGCUCUCGGACUUGGCAUCACUGUAGCUGGAUACGUCUGCGAACAAGAAGAGUUAAGCGGGAUCUUCGUAAAGAGUAUAAGCGAAGGCAGCUCUGCAGAUCUCUGUGGCAAGAUGCAGGUCAACGACAGGAUAGUAGAGGUUGAUGGAGUUUCUCUACACGGGGUGACAAAUCACAGAGCUGUCGCAUUACUUCGAGAUGCUAAGGGUCCCGUGGUGAGGCUGAAAGCGUUGAGAUAUCUACGAGGCGCUGGAUUUGAGAAGUUGCAGAAAGCUCUAGCAGCGCAAGAUGGCCGCCGGUCUCCUAUAGCACCUCCUAGUCCUUCCGUUACUUCGCUCGCCAAAUAUAGUUUUAGUGUGUACGAUGAAUCGACGGUGAUAGAAGCGGAGCCGGAGAGUGAGGCGCAGCCCCACCUGCCGUCGCCCCCCUCCCCCUCGGACGAGGCGGAGAUCGUGAUAGGCAGAGACGACGCCGACCGCGACACCAGGCGCAUACAGGACAAGUGGCGGGAGAUACUCGCCAACGAACCGGACUGGCCCGGACACCAGGACCACUAUGAAAUCAUCGCGGGCACAAUAAUCAAGGGCAAGGAGUGCGGCCUCGGCAUCUCGCUGGAGGGCACGGUGCGCGUGGUGGCGGGGCGCGAGGUGCAGGCGCGCCACUACAUCCGCGCCGUGGCGCCGCACGGGCCCGUCGCCGCGCUGGGCCUGCACCGCGCGGGGGACGAGCUGCUGGAGGUGAACGGGUGGCGCGUGCUGGGCGCGCACCACGUGGAGGUGGUGUCGCGCCUGCGCGCGCUGGCGGCCCCCGCGCUGCUCGUGUGCGCGCGCCGCGCCGCGCCCCGCCCCCGCCCCGCGCCCGCCGCGCCGCCGCCGCCCGGCCUCGCCAGGGUCAGUACUAGCGUUGUGUUACUCACUCUUUUUUAAUGAGGACGAGUGAGGACCUCAUUUUCCUCGUGAGGGGCUCGUGAGUUCCCACUCAUUCGAGGUGAGGAUAGGUAAUGUUAUAGUAGCAGUGAAUGAGUACGUAGCGAGGCGCGUGCAACAUUGACGUUUGGUACAAAACGAGGGAGGGAGUCGGUAAUGAUGCUAAACGAAACAUAUUUUGUCUUUAGAUUCUAAGAAAUAAACUUUUUUAGAUUAUUAUUUAACAGAAUGACCACAACACGCAACUUAUUUGCAAUAGUGCCUGUACGGUUUAUACCGCACAUUAAGCAUAUUACCGCGUCAGCAUUUACUUACAUAUUCAUUCACAUUUUCUAUACAUUAACAGUGCAAUCAAGGCAUUGUCGCGCGCAGCAAGUAUCAAGUGUAUAUAUACAUAAUUCGCAAAUAAAUCAAUAUUAAAAUCGACAAGGAUUCUUAUUUAUCAAUUUAAUCAGUUAGUUCGUGGAUCAAGCAAAGUACGCGAACAGUGCCUAAUGUUCCAUUUUCAAAAUCAAUCAUUUAUAUUUCGAAUCAUAUAAAUAUAUUUCUAAAUAAAACCGAUACAUUUUUAUUUACUUUGGUUUUUACUUAGACUAAUUAAUAUCAUUUAUCUAUAAAAUAUUAAAUACGUAUUUGCGAAGAAACACAUAAACAAACCUGAAUCGUUCCAAAAAACUCAUAAAACUUAACCCAUUCCCUCAAUCUUGAAUAUAUUGAGUAUGUAUCGAGUCGCCUUUUCAUUCGAAACGACUCGCUAUUAAGCUAAAAGAGGUGGUUCAAAAUUGAAAAACGAGUACUCCCUCAUUUUGUCGAAAUGAGGAACUCAAACGAGGCACCUCACGAGUGAGGGGCUCAUCACUAGUCAGUACUCAUAUCAUAUCGUUAUCGAAGAAGAAAAAACGAACGAACCGAUUCGCGUACAGAUCCGGCGGUUUGUUUAACCAGAUCCUGGGCGGCAGCCUGCAGGAGCUGCUGGCGCCUCCGCAGCGCCUGAUCAAGGCCAAGUCCGAGAGCUCCGUGGCGUCCCUCUGCAGCGCCACCACGUUCAUGUCCACGGGCCACGAUCAUGACGAGUUCUGCUCGGACGACCUGGAGAGGAACCGAUCCCGUUCGUUGGAACCGCUGAGCGGUCUGGCGAUGUGGAGCGACAACGUCGAAUACAUCCAGCUGCUCAAGGAGGACAGGGGGCUCGGCUUCUCGAUACUGGACUACUUGGACCCGGUGGAGGCGGGCGGGUCGGUGAUCGUGGUGCGCGCGGUGGUGGCGGGCGGCGCGGCGGCGGCGGACGGGCGCCUGCAGCCCGGCGACCGCCUGCUGAGCGUCAACGGCGCCGACGUGGCGCGCGCGCCGCUGCACCGCGCCGUGCAGGAGAUCAAGGCCGCGCCCAGAGAAAAUGAUUGUACUGAAGAUAAUUACGUAGAUGUCAAUAGUUGUGCUGUGGCAGGGAUAAUUUCUAUAGGUGGCGGCUAUUCACAUUUAGAAGAAUUUUUUAUGGCUUUAAACUUGCCAAUGAUAUCAAAUAAGAUAUACCAAAGUCAACAUAAUAUUCUUUCCAGAAAUUGGGAAAAAGUUGCUCAAGACUCUAUGAAUGAAGCUGCUGAAAAGGAAAGGAAUUUUGCUAUAGCUAACGGAAGGAUUUCUAAAACUGGUGUGCCCAUAAUAGAUGUUGUUGCGGAUGGGUGUUAUUCCAAGAGAUCAUAUAAAAAAAACUAUUCUGCUUUAUCAGGAGCAGCAGCUAUCAUUGGAAAAAGAACAGGUGAAAUCUUGUUUUUAGGAGUUAAGAAUAAGUAUUGUUACGCUUGUGACCGUGCCAAUAAGAAAAAAAUCAUAGCCAAAGAGCAUACCUGCUACAAAAAUUAUUCAGGCCCAUCAACGGGUAUGGAAGCAGACAUAAUUUUAGAGGGAUUCAAACAAUCUAUUGCAACCCAUAAAUUAAUUUAUGGCUGUUUAAUAUCAGAUGGUGACUCAUGUACUUAUAAUAAAAUUCUGCAAGCGCAACCUUAUCGAGAGGAUGGCGUAACUGUUGAAAAAAUAGAGUGUCGUAACCAUCUUAUGCGAAAUUACUGCAAUAAAAUUAACAGUUUAACGACCGACACGAAAUAUCCGUUAAGCCAUAGAAAAAUAAUAACAAAUAGUAAAGUAAUUAAUCUAAGAACUGCUAUUAUACAGUCAAUAAAAAAAAAUAAAAAUGAUGAAUUUCCUGAAAUUUCCUAUUUAUUUGAAGAUAUUUUACUAACUCAUCAUCACGCUUUUGGUAAUCACACUGGAUGCAAAAAACAUUUCUGUCAAAAAGUGGGCACUAACGACGAUCUAGUAAAAACAAAAGAUUUUUUUACAAGUUCUUUAUGGCAAAGAAUCUGCCUUCUAACACAAAACCUUGCUAGCCAUGCCAGAAGUUUGAUUCACGAUGUGGACAGCAAUAUAGUUGAACGCUAUCACAGUAUAGUUGCAAAAUUCGUUGGAGGUAAACGCAUAAAUUAUUCUUUGAGCCACUCAUAUGCAACAAGAUGUAGUGCUGCUGCUGUAUCAUUUAAUACGAAGAAAUGUUUGUCCCUUGUGUAUAGAAAAAUAAGUAACUUAAGCCCAAAAGGAAAAUUAAAAAUAGUUGAAGAAAGACGAGCAAGAAAAAAUUGUCUCAACAGAAACUAUACAAAAAAGAAGAGACGAUUGAUUUUUAAGAAAUCAGAUGAAAACUAUGGGGAAGAAUGUACGAAACCGGAUAUGCCAGCAGAUUUGUUUCUAAAAGUAAAGACAAAUUUUGUACAUUCUUUAAAAAAAACUGACGAUGAACGUCGAAGAAUUGAAAGAUCGACGAUUCUGCAACGUGACAGCAGUGAGUGGAUGGAGCUUCGACGCUCGUUAUUGACCGCAUCAAAUUUUGGCCGAGUUAUUAAAAAAAGACCCAAUACUCCGUCUGCUAACAUUGUAAAAGACAUUUUGUAUAAAAGUAACAUCAACUACGUCUCUUCUAUUCAUCAUGGUCAAGUAAAUGAACAAAAAGCUAUUGCUCAGUUAUGUUCUCAAGAAAAAAUCUCAAUUACCCCCUGUGGCUUGUUCAUCGAUGAGGAAUUGCCGUUUCUUGGAGCGUCGCCGGACGGUCUCUGUGGAGAUGAUACGAUAGUUGAAAUUAAAUGUCCUAUCACUGCUUACAAAUUAGGAAUCACAGAGGCCAUAAACCAGAAAAAAGUAAAUUUUUGGGUAAAAAAUAAAAAAGAUGAAUUAUAUAUUAACCAAAAUCACAAUUGGUACUAUCAAGUACAAGAAAUUGUAGAUCCAAGAUUUACUAGAAACCUUCCAUUAAGGCUACAGGAAGAUGCAAACAACGUUGACUCACCAAGAAAUAAUGAAGACAUACAACAGGACCACUUCAACCUGCCCACAUCUUCAGAAACUUUGGAUUUUGUUCAAUAUUGA